GGCCUUUUUUUUGUAAGCGCUGAAUAAGUUGCCUUUUGUUGCUGUUAUUUGGCACUAAAAGGCUGAGCGCGCGCUAGUUUGCCACACACAGUCACGUGUUCUCUUAGCGCAAGUCCCCCAUUGACUUUUUCAAAAAGUGUGCCUAUAAUUUGUUAAUGCGGAUUAAGUUUAUUUUUACUUAUAAUUCGAUGCACAACUUGUUUGCUGAUAUCAGUUAUCCAGGUUUUAACAAUCAUUUCCAGCGUUUGGUGAGUUCGGCUUACUUUCAUUACUUGGUAUUUACAAAAUUCAAAACUGAAACUAAAAGUACGAAAACAGAUUAAAAGCUAGGCAGGUGGUAGCUUUACUAAAUUGGAUAUCGCCUACUGAUAACCAAAUAAACGAAAUUCAUGACUCAUGGCCAGAAUAAUGAGAUUCUCUAUUAUGAUGGUACGUUUUGUUAAACUUAUUGUAAACUCGUCAGAUUAGCCCGUCCAUAAAAGUGAAGACAACUGGAAUAUUACACGCAAUAAAGACUUAUCUUGGAAACGAGGCAUGGCAGAUCAACCCAGGCCCUCUGUCCGGGCACUGGUCAGAGACUUCGUGGACCGGACAACUUGUCAUGGCAUCGGACAGAUUAAUGGACCACAGUCACCAUUAUGGCGAGUAUUCUGGAUGGUAACCUUCGUGGCAGGACUGGGAAUGGUGGUUCAUCAAGGCGUCACCUUAUUCGGCACCUUCCUAGACAGGCCGACAUCCACAACCAUUGAUAUGACUUACGCCCCGGCGAUGGAUUUCCCAGCUGUAACAAUCUGCAAUUUGAAUGCAAUUCGUAAAGAUCAUCUUAGUCAGUUUCCGGAUGCGGAUGUGCUAUUAAAAGGAUUCAGUGAAGCAUCUACUCCUUCGGUUACUGUUUUUUUGGGCAAAGAUGUGGAGUCAUUUAUUAAGCAACACAGUGAGGCCGGACCAAAUGUUACCCUUGAUCCCGAACUAGCUUUUAAAGAUGUUAUGGUGGAAAUAUUUGCCCAGUCAGAGUUGAAAAAACUUCGAAUGGCAGGGCACGGUUUUGAAGAACUCGUGCUUGGAUGUACGUGGAAUAACAUCAAAUGCAACAAGGGAGAUUUUCUGAAGUACUGGAGGCCGUUUUGGAACUUUCGCUAUGGAAAUUGUUAUACAUUCAACCAAGGCAUGAGUGAAAAUGGAGUAGCGAUAAAACCUCUCACGUUGUCAAACACCGGACCAAAUUACGGUCUGACAUUGGAUUUGUUCAUAAAUCAAGAGCAAUACAUUGCACCGUAUACACAAGAAGCCGGCGUUCGGAUCUUGCUGUCGGAUCAAAAUCAAAUCCCUUUUCCCGACUCUGACGGCUUCACAGUCUCGCCUAGUUCAUCUUCUGCUGUUGGAAUAAAGAAGAUCUUUAUCACUCGCAUCGACCCGUUCAACAACGGAAGUUGUUACAAAGUGACCAAGGGUCUUGAGGAGGGAAGCAUUUAUAAGUCCGUCUUUUCUCAUGAUAUGGGAUAUUCUGUGCAGGGCUGUAUGAACUCCUGUCUGGCGAACAAACAAAGAGAACUGUGUAACUGCACCGAGGGAAGGUUUGACAUGAUGACAGGCUUGAUUUGCCAGGAAAUUGAAGCAUGGCAAUGCCUUAACCGUGUUAACAUGAUGUAUCAAGAGGGAGGUUUGAAAUGCCUGGAGAAGUGCCCUCAGCCAUGCACUCAAAAUGUGUUCUCUCGAUCAAUGUCACAUGCUCAUUGGGCAGAGGAGUACAAGAAAGCAUUAUCAAAGUUUAUUCCGAAUAAUGGCAAUGGAAGCAGCGUGGAUCCCAAUGAGCUCAUCAGUCAUAACAUCUUACGCGUGAAGAUUUACUUCGAGGAGCUUAACAUGGAAACGAUAACUUACAAAAGGAAUUAUCCGGUGGAAAGUUUCCUUGGAGACGUCGGAGGUCAGCUUGGGUUGUGGAUCGGCGUGUCGGUGAUCACGUGUGCAGAGUUUGCUAAGCUCCUGAUUGACUUGGUGUUGUGCGUAGCGAAGAAGAUGAAUCGAUCGGAUAAAGUGCAAUCAGUGUGCAUAGGACGGGGGAAUUGAAGUGUAUGCAUUCAAUUAGCAUAGAACAGGGGAAUUAAAAUGCAUUCAGUUAGCAUAGAACAGGGAAAUUAAAGUGCAUCCCGUUAGCAUAGAACAGGGGAAUUAAAGUGAAUUCAGUUAGCAUAGAACAGGGGAAUUAAAGUGCAUUAAGUUAGCAUAGAACAGGGGAAUUAAAGUGAAUUCAGUUAGCAUAGAACAGGGGAAUUAAAGUGCAUUAAGUUAGCAUAGAACAGGGGAAUUAAUGUGCAUCCCGUUAGCAUAGAACAGGGGAAUUAAUGUGCAUCCCGUUAGCAUAGAACAGGGUAAUUAAAGUGCAUUCAGUCAGCAUAGGAGAGGGGAAUUAAAGUUUAUUCAUCAGUUAGUGCUGUGUGUAUUGAAGAAGAUCAUCCGGUCGGAUAAGUGGCGUAUGUCAGUUAGCAUACGAGAGGUGAAAGUUCUUUAAAUUAGCAUUUUGGGAAGUUGUAACAAUAAGAAUAAUGAGCUUUUUCACACUCCUUUUCUAAAAAAAAGAGAAAAGUUGUUUUUUGGGUUUAAGAAUCAAUAAAAUAACCAUUGCUAUGUCCUACAUUUAUAAUAUAACGAUAAUAGACUUAUUCUCGAGUUUUGAUACAAUAACCAUCUUAAUGCAACUAUGAGCAUAAAUAAUUCAGCGCUUUAUCUGAGUAGCUGAUAAGAAUUAGUGCACAGUCCUAAAUAUUGGGGUAGCUUCACGAAAAUAGCAAGCAAAGAACUGCUUAGCAGAUAGAAAUUAUUCAAACCGCCAUCCUCUACUACGGUAGUGUGUAGCAUGCGAUAAAUAAAACAAGUUUUUUGCAAA